AGUGUGGCCCUGGUUACGCCUCCUCUGGCUCAGUCACACAGCCGCCUGGUAGGUGACUGGAGGUGUUCCCUGAUGUGGCCCCAACCCUACCUCCCUCCCCACCCCAUGAUGUUAGAAGAAACUCGACAGAAAAAAUUGGCAGCAGCCAAGAAAAAGCUAAAAGAAUAUCAGCAGAGGAACAGCCCUGCUGUUCCAGCAGGAGCGAAGACAAAAAAGAAAAAAACUGGCAGUAGCCCUGAGACAACCACUUCUAGUGGUUGCCACUCACCUGGGGAUAGCCAGUACCAAGAACUAGCAGUAGCCCUGCAGUCAAGCUCCAUGACAAUCAAUCAACUCAAUGAAAACAUAGAAUCAUUGAAACAGCAGAAGAAAGAAGUGGAACAUCAGCUGGAAGAAGCAAAGAAAGCAAACAAUGAAAUACACAAAGCACAAAUGGAGCAGUUAGAGGCAAUCAACAUCCUCACGUUGGAAAAGGAAGACUUGAAGACCGCCCCUUACCAUACUAAACGUGCUGCCCGACACUUCGAAGAAGAGUCCAAGGAUCUGGCUGGCCGCCUGCAAUACUCCUUACAGCGUAUUCAAGAAUUAGAGCGGGCUCUCUGUGCUGUGUCUACAUAGCAGCAGGAAGAGGACAGGUCCUCGAGCUGCAGUGAAGCGAUCCUCCAGCGGCGGUUACAGCAGACCCUAAAGGAGCGGGCGCUGCUGAACGCCCAAGUAACACAGAUGACAGAGUCACUUAAACAAGUCCAUCUACAAAGAGAGGAGUAUGCUCAUUGUAUAAAAGCAGAGAGGGCCAGGUGGCAGGAGAGGAUGAGGAAAAUGUCAGUGGAGACUCUCCUAUUGAAGGAGGAGAAGAAGCGUGACAUACAUCGGAUACAGGAGCUGGAGAGGAGCUUGUCGGAAUUCCAAAACUGGAUGGCUGAGCCCCCAUCCCUGGCGCCCCCAGCAGUGACCUCUGUGGUGGAGCAGCUACAGGAUGAGGCCAAACACCUGAGGAAGGAGGUGGAGGGUCUGGAGGGAAAGCUCCAAUCCCAGGUGGAAAACAAUCAGGCCUUGAGUCUCCUGAGCAAGGAACAAAAGCAGAGGCUCCGAGAGCAGGAGGAGCAGAGGGCGCGGGAGCAGGAGAGACUGUGUCAACAAAAGGAAAUGCUACGGGAGCAGGGCGAGAGGCUGCGAAAGCAGGAGCAGAGGCUGCGAAAGGAGGAGGAGAGGCUGCGAAAGGAGGAGGGGAGGCUGCGAAAGGAGGAGGGGAGGCUGUGAAAGGAGGAGGAGAGACUCGCGCUCUCCCAGAACCGCAAGCUCGACAAGCAGCUGGCCGAGCCACAGCGCGGCUUCGAGGAUCUGAACAACAAGAACAAGAGCGCAGUGCAUUCAGAGCAGGGAGUAAAGGAGCUGCAGGAGAAGCUAGACAAGGAGCACCUAGAAGCUGCCAGCCAGUGGAACCAACAGCUGGAGACCCAGUUGAGCCUCAAGGCUCUCCCUGGAGAAGGAGAGUCCUUCACCGUAUAUGAAAGCCAGGGGGCAGUGCCAAACACGCGGCACCAGGAGAUGGAGGAUGUCAUCAGGCUGGCCCGGAACAAGGAGGAGAUCAAGGUGAAGCUGCUGGAGCUGCAAGAGCUGGUGUUGCCCCUUGUGGGCAACCACAAAGGUCAUGGCAAAUUCCUCACCGCUGCCCAGAACCCUGCUGAUGAGCCCGCUCCAGGGGCCCCAGCCCCCCAGGAACUUGGGGCUACCGGUGAGCAGGAUGAUUUUUAUGAGGUGAGCCUGGACAACAGCAUGGAGGCUGCACCAGGAGCGGCCAGGGAGGGUUCUCCCUAUGACAACCCCACUGCACAGCAGAUCGUGCAGCUGCUUCCUGUAAUGCAGGACACCCAGGAGCACCCAGGCUUGCCUAGCAAACCCUGCAUGCCAUUCUUUUACCGGGCAGCCAAGAACAGGGAGAUAAAUAUCAUCAACAUCUAAGAGCUGGUCAAGAAAUUUAAAACAACAAAAAGUGAUGGGGUUAAUCUCCUACACAAUUCUUUUACUCCAUUUGAAUGUUAGAGCCACUCACAUUUAUUUGUGUUUCUAAUUUACCAUUUACAUUUAUUUGUAAAAAGUUAAGGGAGACUUGGUCUUUCCCUGAUGUUCACUCUGGCAUCCUUUAGAAUUUUUGUUUUUAAUUUGAUAAUUGUAGGUCAUUAGCACGCAUAUCGAGUUUGCCUUUAGGUGGUGAGAAUUCAAACACAUGAAGACCCACUAUUUGCACAAAACUAUUCUUACUGGUUUGGAACAGGCUGCCAUGCUUUUUUAAUGUUAUUGCAGCAUGUAUGUUCAUUACAGAAUUCAGAUAAAAUUUGCUUCUAUUCUGCUAUUAUGUUUGAUUGGAUCCUAACCACAGUGAGCUCUUCAUUAGCUCAAUAUGUGGUUUGCCCUCAAGUGCGCGUCGUUUAUUACUUUGUAAUAUGCCACUGUGAGUACUGACCUUUAGAGUUGUUUAAAGGCUGAGAACUGGAAACAGCCUUUCUCCUAUUUUCUGUGUAUUGGGGAUGGGAAUAAUAACAUUUUGGGGAGCUUUUUAAGUCUCACGGAACAGGAAAGUGGCCUGCUCUGGCAGGUGUGUGCAGGAUAGAGUGUUUCAUUUGUUCUGGUGCCAAGAAUGAGUGCUGUACUAUGGUAGUUCCCUUAGGAUUUGUAUGUGCUCUGGGCUCUUGAAGAUAUUGCAUCAUGAGCUGCAGCAGUUGUACCCUUUCUUGAUGACCUAAAAAGGGAUUAUUUCUGAGGAAUGAAAGGCUCCCAUCAUUGACUGUGGAUGUGGAAAACCUUUUCUAGCUUAGAGCAUUUAUAUCUACAAUACAUUUUAAAGUCAGAGUUCAUGUUACCUGUUUUAGUCACAUGAAUAGAUGUCCCAGUCCACAAAA